AUGGGUAUCGGUCGAAUGCGUCGAGUACAGCAGUGGCUAUUAUUUGCUCGCCAAUGGCAUCUUGCAGACGCCACCGGCCAGGAUGUUUGGAUACUUGGCAAAAAAGUUGCAAAUUAUUUAGCCGGUAAACACAAACCAAUUUAUCACCCGUUCACCGAUUGCGGUGAUCAUGUCGUGGUGAUAAACUGUAAAGAUGUUGCAAUGCAUGGUUUCAGUUGGAAAAAUCAGCGGUUUUUCUUUGAUAAGGAGCUACCGAAAUCAAAGGUCGAAUAUCCAGCUUGGCAAAUUCAGGAUUUCGAUCCGUGCAGAAUAAUGCAUAUGACGGUAUAUAGAAGUCUUGGUCGUAAUCAACUUCGCAAACGAUUAAUUGAAAGGUUGCAUUUGUUUGCGGAUGAUCAAAUUCCAGCCUUUGUGCAAAAAAAUAUCGGGAAUCAGAUGGAGCAAGUCCAACGUGUCGUGAAACGAUCUGACGAAUAUACGGAGGAAGAACGAGCGAAAUUUCCAAGGUUAUUUAAAUUUGGAGACGAUCAUUUCGUCGACUGGGAACGACCAGUGGAAGAUCCUGGCCAAUGGACUGGAAAAGACAGAUCUCCAUUCAAUCCUUAUUAUCAGAACAAAUCAUGA